AUGUACCCUUAUCUGAGUUACUCAGCUAAUGUUAGCAAUAAUACUAGUAAUAAUAACAAUAAUAAUAAUAAUAAUAACAAUUCAUCAUCACCUACAAAUGGUCAACAACAGCAGCAGCAACAUCAGCAGCAGCAAUCGCAACCGCAACAACAACCGCAACCGCAACCGCAACAACAGCGUUCUCCAAACAGUAAUAGACAACAGCCAUAUUUAAGUUCUACAAAUACAUCCUCAUAUUUUAAUAGAACUGGUGGGGGCUCAACUGCAACUGCAGGUGGUAAUAACAGCAUAUCCAGCGGGAGCAACAAUAACAGUGGCAGUGUCGGUGGCAGCGGCAGCGGCAGUAGCGGUAGUAACAGCGGCAGCGGUGGUGGGGUAGCAGGAGGGGUUACUUCCACUUCGCGUGUUGUGCCUUCUUUAACUCAUUCAAGUAUUCCAUCACGUUCCCAGUAUGGUAUUCUGUCGUUGAGUAGUUUAACUGGAUCUCACGCAAAUCAGUACCUGAUUUCUCAACAACACCAACAACACCAACAACAGCCAUCUCAACAACCAGCGCAACAGCCAUCUCAACAAAACCUCUACUAUCAACCAACGACAUCUUCAACACCUCACUCUCAUUCUCAUCCAAACACACCACAAAUUUUUAAUUCUCAAUUACACAAUGAUCACCCACAACAAUUGGAUCCAAAGCAACUACAAAAAUUCGCUCCACAACAACAACAACAUCCCCAGCAACAGCAACAACAUCCGCCGCAGCAACAACAUUCUCAACAACAGUACCAUCACCAACAACAGCAACAGCUGCAGCCUCACUAUUAUCCAUCUACUCAACAGCAGCAACACCCAACUACUGCUACACCACAAUCUAUCUAUUCCAAUGUCCCCGCGUCAGCAGUCCACCAUCAACUUCGUGCACAACAAUCACAGUAUCAACAGCAGGCGCAACAACACCAAUCAAGUGUUUCUCCGCGCGCUUCUCAAACCAAUGUCACUCCAACUACAAGUAACUCUAACAUGCCUGCAACUCCACCAACUCAACAAAUACAACCAGGUAAAAAACCAAGAAAACCAAGAGCAACUAAAAAGGAGAUGGAGGAAAAAAGAAGACUUCUUUUGGAGAAGGAACAAAUUAGAGCACAACAACAACAGUAUUCUCCGGAUGGUUUAAGCUUGCACCAUCAGUCACAAGCUGCUGGAAGCGAGGUAUCACUAGGUGCGAAUGGGAAAAAGAAAAGAGGUCGCCCUAAGAAAUUCAUACUUGAUCCAUCAACUAAUACAAUGAUUGACUCAACACAUCCUAAUUUCAAACAGUUGAAUAAGAUCCUAAAGGAUACUUCUGGAAGUACGGCUGCUCGUGUUGCCGUAUCUGCUACUACUACUACUACUGGUACACCGGAUCAGUAUAUGUCUAAUUAUCACGACAACUUACUCCAUCAUCAGCAACAGCAACACCCACGUGCACGUCAGCAUAGUUCUUCUCGUGGCGCUGGUAAUCAAACCAAUAUCACUACUGCCACUGCAGCAGCAGCAGCAGCAGCAGCAGCUUCAUCAGGUGGACUUCCGCGUGAUACUAGUAAAAUCUUAAACAAAGAUAAUUCAGGAGCACCAGCACCAGGUCAGAGUUUGUUUGAUAUUAACGAGGUUGAAUUCCAACAAAUAUUAAAGAAAAAAGAUCGAAGGGGCAGACCUAGGAAAUUCCCCAUAGAGCAAACUGGUGUUACUAUUAAAGGUGUGAAGAUAAAUGGAGGUAUCACCAAAAAAUAA